UUACGGAGAUGCCCCGCUUGACCCUGCCGCAGGUCUCUCGGACCUUGAAACCGGCUAGAGCUUCUUUUACAUUUAGACAGUUGGCAGUAGCAUCAUGUAAUGGGUCGAAUAGGUCGAGUAGAAGCGGGAACAUGCCAUUCCCGGCAGCCGUGAUACCCCGAUAUGCACCGUUUAUUUGCCAAAGCUGUCGGAGUUUAGCAUCAGAAGCUCCCCGCCAUAAAAAGGACAUACUCUUCUCGAUUACUCCUGACCGUGCUGAGGUAUCUCGUCUCUUGACGCUGGUGGAAGGUCGAAACAACUGGGCGGGUAUGCGAGCCGAGAGAACCGAUCUCUUAGAUAAAGUUCAGUCGGAUACAUUGUGGCAGGAUGAUGCGGAUAAAGCUAUCGUGUAUCAGAAACGUCUAUCACAGCUGGAAGAUGCGUUGAACGAGUACGAUUCUUACUUGGCGAAGCAUGAUGAAAUUACGGACCUGCUUGAGCUUGCGCAGGAGGAACAAGACCCGGCUCUGUGUGACGAUAUCACUGCGGAUUUGCAUAGUUUGCGAGAGCAGUUGGAAAAGUUUUCUCUUCGCUUGAUGAUGUCAGAAGAAGCCGAUAGGAAUGGUUGCUUUUUGGAGCUGCGAGCUGGGGCAGGCGGCGCCGAAGCUUGCGAUUGGGUGUCGAUUCUCGCUCGAAUGUACGAGCGCUGGGGCGUCUCUCAAUCACACGAUGUCAAGGUAGUCGAUGACGUAAAAGGAGAAGUUGCCGGUUUAAAGUCGGCCACAUUGCAAAUAAAUGGGGAAUACGCUUAUGGGUGGUGCAAGCAUGAAGCAGGUGUACAUCGUUUCGUGCGAAUGUCUCCGUUUGACGCAAAUAAUAAGCGACAUACGUCCUUUGUGUCAGUUCAAGUCUAUCCCGCCUUCGAGUCGAACGGUGCUUCCGACGCGCGAAGCAUUGAAAUUCCUCCUGGCGACAUCAAGAUCGAUGUUAUGAGAGCACAAGGUGCUGGAGGGCAGCACGUGAAUACAACGGAAAGUGCGGUACGAAUCGUACAUCUCCCAACUGGAAUUAUGGUUACGUGUCAGUCACAGCGAUCACAACAUCAAAAUAGGGCAGUUGCUCUUCAGAUGCUUCAAGCCAAGCUUUAUGAACGAGAGCUGCGGGCAAAGAUGCAAGCAAAGGCAGACCAGCGUGCCGAGCUUGCGGACAAUGCAUGGGGUUCCCAAAUUCGAUCUUACGUGCUUCAUCCUUAUAAGAUGAUUAAAGACGUACGAACAGGGUAUGAGCGAGGGGAUGUUGAUAAAGUCCUGGAUGGUGAUUUAAACGCGUUCAUGGAAGCAGCUUUGCUGCAUUUUGGGAGAAAGUCUAUGGGAUAGAUAUGCACUGCAUUUAUUUAUUUAUGUCUAGUAGGAUAUUUGUACAUAGCCAAUCCUCGUUUUCAAAAAGGUCUUUUCCAGUGGUCUUGGCCUUACUAGUUGGCCUUCUUUGCUGCUGCGCCA